UUGAGAACGUGAAGGUGGCGGCAGUGUGAAUGCAUACCUCUGAGCACAAUCAAAAGAAGGGGCAUUUCAGUUUGGGGAUGGUGCAAUUCUUUGAAACGAAGAGAAGGAAGACGUGGCGUAGCGCUCGCUUUCAAUAUCGUAGCGAGUGUUAGCUAUGCGUGCCGUUACAUGGAGACAUAAGACAGGCUGGAAGCGAGGUACAGAAGCCCGUUGGAAGUGAACUGUAAGCCAAAACGACCGCAUUUCGUUGCGAAAUUAGGUGGGCUGGCAGUGUCUAGCCAGUUUGAUCCCGAUGUGCGAAUGUAGUCUUUUGUAUAACUGCAUAUUUCUAAUUACGUUUUUUCAUCUUUAUAACUACAAAAGUGAAAAUGCUGCGCUUCACAGACGCGUACAACAAACCAGGAUAACGAGUGGAAUAUAAAAAUAUAACCGCCCUAAAUCUGCGCUGAGCAACAAGGAGGGAAGUACAUCGAAGGAUUUCCAUACAUUUCCGCUGGAUUUUUCUGUAUACAUGAUGGUUUGCGACUUUGAAUUGCCAGAAAAGGCAAAUAUUUCACGGGAAACGAACUUGGAUUGUCGAUAGGUGGUGGACAAGCUUGCCAACAAGCUGUUGUUCAGCGUAGCAAUUUGCGAUAGCUAGCCAACUCGGUAGGUAUCCAGGGAGCUAGCUAGCAUGUUAACAUACAAUAGCAUAGCAUAUUUGGUUCAAGUAGCUAACGUUAAGCUAAACUUUGGAACUUGGUGUUCUGAGACGAGGACAGCGGCGAAGUUGUAAAUCUAGCAUAGUGUGCGAGCUAGGCGAGAGAGACAGCUCGCAGCAUCACUGGAAUUUUCAAACAAGAUGAUCCUUUUUACUUGUUCUUUGACACGCUUACCAUACGAAACAUACCUCGCCACGUUACAUAGGUUUUAAAUUAUUUAAAUAAAUACUGUAACACACAUUCAAUGUGUGAAAACAAUCCAUUUUUGGAAAAAGUAAUUUGUUUGGUGGCUAUUUAGCUAAACAUUAGCAACGUUAUUAUCUUCUCGCGGGUGUAUCAUUCCACCCAUUCAGGGCAGCCAGUUGGCUCAACCCAGCUAUGCAACAAGCUUGCUUCAUGUGUUUUGAAUUUUAAAUUCUACAUGACCAUAACUUAUUCACUUCUAUUGGAUAGUUUCAUUUCUGCAACUCUUCAGGGAAUUUGCGCUUACUUCAUGGCACAUGGCAGCUAGCUUGACAUACCCCAUGCAGGACAGUUAUGAAGAAUUUGCUAGAAAUGCUUCCAGCUAGCUAACGUCUGCUAACCUUACAUAAACUGACUCCGCCAUCCGCAUGUGUGGUUUUUUGCAGCAGAUUCUUUAGAUUAUUGUGGUGUGUCUUUUGUUGAUUGAUGCAUCUCGGCGUGGCUGACCCCAUGAGAGACUGCGAGUACAGCCAAAUCAGCACGCGCAGCUCGACACCCAUGGAGUCCCCGCACAAGAAGCGCAGCGCAAGGCGGAAGUGGCAAGCCUUCCCGGGCCGGAAUAAAUUCUACUGCGAUGGGAGGAUUAUGAUGGCUAGACAGACUGGGGUCUUCUACCUCACACUGGUCCUCAUCGUGGUCACCAGUGGACUAUUCUUCGCUUUUGACUGUCCAUUCCUGGCCUCCAGCCUCACGCCGGCCAUACCUGUGAUUGGGGGGGUGCUGUUCUUCUUUGUUUUGGGGACGCUGCUCAGGACCAGCUUCAGCGACCCUGGAGUCCUGCCCAGGGCCACGCCCGACGAAGCUGCCGACCUGGAGCGACAGAUAGAUAUGGCCAACGGCUCGAGUUCGGGGGGGUACCGGCCGCCCCCCAGGACGAGAGAGGUGAUCAUCAACGGGCAGACGGUGAAGCUGAAGUACUGCUUCACCUGCAAGAUCUUCAGGCCGCCUCGAGCGUCCCACUGCAGCCUCUGUGACAACUGUGUGGAGAGGUUUGACCACCACUGCCCCUGGGUGGGCAACUGCGUUGGGAAGAGGAACUACCGCUUCUUCUACAUGUUCAUCCUGUCGCUGUCCUUCCUCACAGUCUUCAUCUUCGCCUUCGUCAUCACGCACAUCAUCCUCAGGUCUCACCGCUCUGGGUUCCUCAACGCACUCAAAGACAGUCCUGCAAGUGUGCUCGAGGUGGUUGUGUGCUUCUUCUCGGUGUGGUCCAUAGUGGGCCUGUCUGGAUUCCACACCUACUUAAUCAGCUCCAACCAGACCACUAAUGAAGACAUUAAAGGGUCAUGGUCGUCUAAAAGGGGGAAGGACAACUACAACCCGUACAGCUACGGAAACAUCGUCACCAACUGCUGUGCGGCCUUGUGUGGGCCUCUUCCACCCAGCCUACUUGACAGACGGGGCUUCGUCCAACCAGACGCGCCGCAGGCAGCCCCGCCCACCAACGGGAUCACCAUGUACGGGUCCACACAGUCCCAGAAUCACAUGGCGGCAGCCACGCCCCUGCUGCAGGGCGAGCCCGUCAUCAUGGCGACCGGGGACGCCCCCCCGCAGGCCCCCUGCGCCCUCCUCCCCCUGGGCCAGCCGACCCCUCCCACCUCCACGCCCAACCUGAGCUGUGAGCCCGACCUGCUGCCUCCACACCAGGAGGGGGCGCCGGCGCACCACCACUUCCUCACCCCCGACGAGGCCCCCUCCCCGCCGGGCAUGCUGCCCUGCUCCGGGCCCCCCCUGGCCCACAGCCACACCCUGCCCUUCUACAGCCCGGCCAGCCAGGACUCCCUGCACGAGGACUCUGUGAGAGGGCUGGUCAAGCUGAGCUCUGUCUGACCCCCCCCGACCCCGGACACCCCCCACCAAAUCACGCCCUGCCGGCUUCCCCCUGCCAAAGCUGCCUCUCAAAACAGCCUCCUCGCAAAAAAAAUAAAAAUAAACGAAACACAGAGAACGCUUCAGCCCGUUUCACGGACACGCGCGGCCGCGGUCCCGUUGGGAGGACCCGCGGGAACCGGAAACCAGAGAAGAAGAAUGCUGCUUUUUUUUUUUUUUUUUUUCUUUAUUUCUUUUUUAUUUUCCACCUCUGGCUGGAGUCGGGCGGAACCCUUUUGUAAAGAGACGCUGCCUCGACCCGCCCGCUCGCUCACGGACGAUGCGUUCACCCUCAGGCCGUACGAUCACGUCGCCGCACCGUUCGAUUCUGUUUCGGUUUCACGUCGAAAGGUGCGCUGUUGUGUUGUCAUACCAAGGUUUUUUUUUUUUCUUUUUUUUUUUUUUUUCUUCCAGUUAUGUUUCCUGUGGAUAUUAAUAAAAAUACUACUUUUCACUGGGAGUGUGCGCCGUAGCUGUGAGUGUGUGCGUCUGUGUGUGCGCUGCUGCCAUUUUGAGUUUUAUGUUUUAAGGUUCUAACUGACAUUUUGACAAAAAUGAGUUGGUGUCAUAAAUAUGUUGUUUGUAAGGCCAUUUGAUAGGAUUUUGAUAUUUUACAUUGAGUUCUUUUAGGGUGUCUAGCGUUUUGAUCUAUGAAGAACUGCCCUGAAUUCCUGAAUUGCUGUGUAAUGUGAAAUCUUUGAAAGCUCUCUCAAAACCACUCCGAAUGCAGAUAGGACCUUAUAAUUCCCUUAUAAAAGGUCACGAUUUAUAGACUUCUGUAAGAGCUCUGGCUCCCCCUGGUGGAUUGAGGGUAAUCUGUGAUUACUUGCAGUGGUGCUGGAUCUGUAGCAGGUUGCUACUGUAACCCUGCUUAUUCUCAGUCCUGAGAACAUGUUGUGCUUUAGAUCCUAUCACAAUCAAUUCAAUCAUGCCUGCUUUUUGUGGACCCAUUGGAACAUCUCCAUGUUUUGUUUUUUUUGUCAUUUUGUUGAUUAUAAUUUUGCUUUGCUAUAAUUUUAAUAUUAUCCAUCU